AGAGAGAGAGAGGAUCAGAGUAGGUGGCGCACCAGCUACCGCCGCGGCUGGAGAGGGAGUUGAGAGCAAGAAGAAGACACCGCCCAAAGACCGAUGAUCCUUUUCAUCGAGGACGAAGCAUGAAGAAGAACACAGAGAAGCUGUUCUUCAAGUGCACCAGAUGGCAGGUGGAAGAAACCACCGAUCUGGUCAACUGCCCUUACCAUUACUUCUGCGACAGCGCCUACGAAGGAGACUACCCGCCCGCCGUCGACCUGUCGGUGCUGCUCUUCGCCGUUUCGUGCUUCCUCUCAGCCACCGUCUUCACCCUCGUUGAACUCAGAUGCAGGCGGAGCUCCGUGGAUGUCAGCAACGGAAGAAGGUGGAAGAGAAGAUACCUGUUGCCUUCGGGUCCGAUUGCGCUUCCUUUGCUCGUCCUAAUCUUCGCAAACGGGCGCAGGAUCGGCACCAUAUUCCCUCUGACACACGUCGGUCCCGCCCUCCUCCAGCUCGCCUAUGUCUCAGCCCUGGCUUUCAGAAAUCGCGCCGCCACCGACAUCAAGUACGCAGUGCUCGAAGCUUCGACUGUUUCAGGAAUUCUGCAUGCCAGCCUGCACCUGGAUUCCGUCCUCUUGCCUUACUACACAGGGUUGGCAGCUCUGAGACAGUCUACUUUGUCCGGCCUGUGUGCAUCAUGUGUGUGCCGUAGGGAGGCAUUGGCACUCGGAGGAAGCCUGAUUGGCUACAGAGGAUGGUCCAAGACUACAGUGUCGACGGCCACUGCUCUGUGUUCCAGGAUGGCGUGCAGGAUUUACGGAGAAGAAAAGCUGAGCUCCGUGAUUAGGAUGACACUGGAAGCAACAAGCUGGCUUCUGGUUGCAGCGGACUCCUUGGAUCUGAUGGUGGUAGCUGCUGCACAAGGGAGCCGGUUUCGUAUGAUGGUUUAUGGAGGCCUUUGUGCUCUGAUCUUGCUCAAUUUCCUCAGGCUGGUGGUUCAUCUCUCGGCUCGGGCAGCAGCAAAAAUGCAUCACACUGAGAAGAAGGUAGAAUUUUUGUUAUGAUGAUGUUCGAAUGGCACAGUGAGGAGAAAAAUUAUACAGAAUACUUCAAGCAUAUUGCUACA